UUAGAAUUUCGUUUUGAUAUAUUCCCUCUAAACGUAUAUAUUCGUCCAGCUAACAGUAAAAUCGCUUUACAUCAAGGACUCGAGAUUCCGGCCGAAGAGCUGCACAAACUUGUUAUGAAAAGCAUUAUGUAUGCAUCAUGUCGAUGCACCAUGGUCUCAUCUUCCUGUUCAGGAGCAUUUGGCAGGUUGUAUACCUUGUUCAGUGAAAAUAUCCAAGGCUUGGGUCUUGCCAUAACAUUGGUCUCAGAAAACCUUCGCAACGACACGAAGUACAUUACAUCGUGGACCUCAUUGGGAUGGACGAAUGACAUGAUAACCUAUGCAAGUCAACGAUUCACUUCCGACGUCAUCCCGGUGGCUCACAAAAAGUAGGGCAAUUUGAUAUACCUCGCUCUCAUAACAGAACGUAUACCCAUAGUAAUCCUAAAGCUCCUCUCUACG